CUUUAUUCCAAUCGACGAGCACCAUCUACUAAAUGACGCCUUUGCAGAAUUUACACCAGGGGAACUUGUAGGUUAUCAGCUACACGACCCGAGCCUACAACUUGAGGAAGGCGUUGCGACGUACAUCUACGCUGAGAUUAUUGAGGAGCUUGACGUGAUCGAUCAAGAUUUCAUUUACCUGACGAAGAUGUACUUAAUCAACAUUGGAAACGACAAAGAACCAGUAGAGGUCAAUUCUGCCUUUUUGUACAAAUUACACCGCAUACAAGAGAUAUCUCAUCAGGCAACUAAACUCCCCAGAUACAGUAAUAGAGAAGAGGUUUUUGGUGAGAUCUCAAAGAUACUGGAGGAUGCAUGGACAAUACGAGAAGAACACACACGACAAAUCGUGAAGCGGCUAGUUCUACGUUGGCACCCAGAGAAAAAUUUUGGAGAUGAAUUGGAAGAAUUCUGCGUAAAGGCAUUUGAGUACAUCAAGAACGAAAUCCUUCGACUGGGCGGUUCAUACGACGAAUACAUUGAGGCCUGGGUAACGCGUGCAAGAGAGCAUCGUUUGCAGCAUGAUAAAUACAUAGAAAGGUUCCUCCAAGAGUACGGGCCUUGGGAAUCUUCAUCAGAUCGCAGGCCAUGGCAUAAUAUUCCUCCAAGCUUCAGCAAAAGAAACCCUCAGCCGGGAGAGGCCAGACGUUGGCUCAAACAGGCUGAAGCUGACCUUACGGCCGUUGCAAACGACAUUGAUUGCAGCAGACCUUCCUAUGAGUGGGCUUGCUUUAAGUGCCAUCAGGCAGCAGAGAAGGCACUAAAGGCGACUCAGUACACAAUAGAUGCUAACAAUACUAGGGACCACAACUUGGUUAGGAAUUGUAUUGAUUUGAAUGACUCCAUGUUAACCAACUUAGCAAGAGAUCUGGAGAGACUUGUUGGUUGCUCGGCGCGCAUGCGAUAUCCAGACCAGGUGUUCGAAGCACCCAAGAUCCCUAACGAAGUUUACACCGCUCAGAUGGCUCAGCAGGCCUUACAGCUUUCAGAGAGUAUCGUGAUGCGAGUCAAAGACAGGAUACCCUAAGGGUGUGGAUGGUGCUUGGACGGAAAAUACUCCAGCGAGGACUCAUUUCAAGCAUUAAUGGCCAACGUUCCUCUGCAUUUGUAUAUCAGUGGAUUCGACGAAAGACAUGACGAACAAUUUAUUUUUAAAAACGAAGUAGAACAUGUAGAGUGAUCGAUGUAUCGCGAAGUUCUGAUUCGGAAUUGAAAAACUCAAACCCGUGUAUUUUGUUUGGCGCGGAGUUCAUGGUUCCAAUACAUCUGGUGCACCUUACGUUUGUUUACUUUUUGAACCGUAAAAACCUUAGCCUAGGUAUUCUAAUAUUUAGCCGAGGCUAGGGUCAAAGCAUGACUCUGGUCAAUUCUGUAAAAUAUUUAAGUAUCCUCAUGUAGUGACUAUACAGCUUCUUUUUUUCAUACAGAUGUUUAAGGUUUAGUUAUUUCGCAACGUUAAAGAGAACAAAGCAAACUUAUCCUUUAACAGUAGCAGUGUUUACGCAAGCAGAUAAGAGACGCUUGCAUAUUUUACAGUGGUAACAUGAAAAUACCACUGUUUGUUAGCUGUUGUUGCAUUUUUCUUUUGUAAGGAGAGCUUGGUCACUGGUAAGGAAGGACAGUUUUGAACGUGUCCUUGGUUUGCCUUUUCAAUCACAGACUAAGCAAAAAUGUGAGCCUUUAGUAUUCUUGGUAGCUCAAUUAUAUUCUUGAGUCAGGAAUAAAUUAAACGUUAAUGUAGGUGCGUCAUUCCACACCAAGUUCUUCCUAGUUUAAAACACGAAUAUUUUCCGAUUUAAUGUAGAUAUAGUUAUAGAUGCAGUUGGUUAAGAAGUAGUUUUCAGUAGAAUAUAUGAAGUAAUUCGUACUUCAGAAUACAUGAAGUAAAGUGUAGAUGCAAGAACUGAUAGAAAUGCUGUAAUUGCUCAAUAUCAGGUUGAAGACAUGUCUGCCAAACAGAGGAAACAUUACAGAUAGUUACAAGGUAAAGAGAGAGACCCCAUUCAGUUGAUGCUAUAAAUGAACAAAUAUGUUUUAAUUUUCAAUACCAAUUUUCAAUUAGAAAAUAGUUUUAUACUAGAGAAUGUUUUGAAGACGUGUACCGUCUCUUUGUCGUUUCUUUAGUGGUGAUGUAAUCUUUUUACAGCGGCUUUGUUAAACCACAGCGGCAAAAAGUUUUCGAUGGUUUUGAUGCUUUCAAACUAAUAAGCUCGAUUUAGGCUAUUUUUAAAACAAUGAACUUGUUUAGGCUGUAAUACAAAGCACAGAAGUGUGAUAGCUUAAAUAAUUUUUCCCUCGAGAAGCCUGGUCUAAUAGGUUUUUUUCUGUUGUUGAAUAAGUGAAGUCUGAAUUAAAAAUCAGUAGAAUUUAACGAUGCCAGACACAAGUAUAUUGAAAUAGGUUUAGUUAAAAUCUCUGUAGCAGACAGUCAACUAGUCCACAUGCAAGGCUCGUUUGUAAGAGAAACGAAGCAAAAAAUGAUAAUAAAAAAACGCGUGUAGUUGA